AUGGCUAAAUUACUCGUCGCCCUGGCUACCAUCGCCGCAACAUCCUAUGUGUCGGCAGCACCUAACGUGGCUACCUUGAAUGCUAGGAAGAGCAUGACAUACGCUGGCUAUAACAUGGCCUCUAAUCUGGCCGGCGGUGGUUGCAAGACCCAGCAGCAUUGGGGAAGCGAUUUCGAUAUAAUCUCCAACUGGCCCAUCAACGCAUUGGGCAAGGCAAAAGCUAUUCGUAUUUCGUCCACCAGUCACUGCAACGCUCUUUCACGGAUGGCCGAACCUGCUAUGCAGCAUGGCUACAAAAUCUUUGCCAGUCUCUCGCUCGAUGACGAUUUGUUUGAGUCAGACAAGUCGGCAUUGCGAGCCUUCUUGAUCAACGACCCAGAGCACUGCGAUGCGCUUUCUGCUGUUGGGGUUGGUUCUGAGGUUGGUUCGAGUGAGGCAUCCGUAUAUAUUGUGGUGGGGAAGAUGCGAGAGGUGAAGGAGUUGCUGGCCGAUGUCAAGUGCCAAGUGCCACUGACGCACUCAGCUGCCUUCUCAGCGUACCUCAAUACAGCAGCUGGAUUCGACAAGGUUGUCGCGCUCUCAGAUGUUCUUGCUGUGGAUUACAUUCCAUACUACGACAACAAGACUGACACGAUAGAAGCCAGUGUGGAACUGUUCAGGGAAGCUAUUCAAGCUGUGCAAAGCCUUCACAAAGACAAACCUUUGUGGAUUACAGCAACAGGAUAUUCCACAAGCGCCUCACCGGAAGAUCACUAUCGAACAGCGGCGUCUCUGAGCAACCUGCAGAAAUACUGGUGGAGCAUGACGUGUGGAAACGGCCCGCUUACCCAGAUUCCCUCCUUUUUCUGGUUCUCUGCUUUUGACGACCACUCGAAACAUGGAGAGACUGAGAGGAACUUUGGCCUGGCCACCCCGGACAAAAAGCCUAAGAUUGUGCUAGCUUGCCCUAAAGUUUGA